AUGGUCAAGGGAGAUCCUAAGAAGCUGAGAGACAAAAUGUCCUCAUAUGCAUUCUUUGUGCAAACUUGCUGGGAGGAGCACAGGAAGAAGCACCCGGAUGCUUCUGUCAACUUCUCAGAGUUCUCCAAGAAGUGCUCAGAGAGGUGGAAGACCAUGUCUGCUAAAGAAAAGGGGAAAUUUGAAGAUAUGGCAAAGGCUGACAAGGCUCGUUAUGAAAGAGAGAUGGAAACCUACAUUGCCCACAAAGGGGAGACCAAACAGAAGUUCAAGGACCCCAGUGUACCCAAGAGGUCUCCUUAUGCUUUCUUCUUGUUCUGUUCUGAGUACCACCCCAAAAUCAAAGGCGAGCAUCCUGGCUUAUACAUUGGUGAUGUUGCAAAGAAACGAGGAGAGAUGUGGAACAACACUGCAGCAGAUGACAAGAAGCCCUGCGAGAAGGCUGCCAAGCUUUAG